UUAGCUACGAUUCUUUAGCACUAUUUUGCACGAGUUCCCUGAAUAUCUUUGCAGUCAAUGGUUCGUGGAACUGAUCACACAGGCGGCGCGAAAUAACAGACUAAAAGCAGAUAACUGCCCGAUUUCUUGAGCUCGGAGGUUCCCUCCGUAAUUGAAAAUCAUUCGAAGAGUUUAGCUUAAGUGGGCUACAAUUCGACACUUGCAGCUUCCUCGCGGGGUUUUAUUGAUGUUAGGAUCGAACAGUAUUGCUGGAAUUUCACCGUUUUUAGACUUUUGAAAUAAUUCAAUUUUUGAGUACGCGUUGCCCGGGGCCUCUAAAGAAGCGUUAGUAAACGCUCAAUAAUAAAUGCUUUAUAAACAUACGUGAUUUUUCGCUUUCAAGAACAUUUCGUAAUGGCAACGGAUACGAUGAGAGCGCUCAGAGAAAGAGUAGUUGGUGGUGGACAACAAGCUAAGGAAUUUAUAAAUGUAUCUAUUGAAAGGCUCACGUCGAAGAGGGAUGAUAAAGUGUCAUUAAUCAAUUCAAACCCGAAUAGUACAUCUGAGACAUACUCAAAUAGUAGACAUAGCGUUUCCGUCAACCCACAAUGUGCUUGCUGUAGCUGUGUGGCGAAAAGAUACGUUCUUGCAAUUUUCACGUGUGUCGGUUUAAUGAUCACUUUCGGUAUCCGUUGUAACCUGGGCGUGGCCAUUAUUGACAUGACCAAUAAUAACACAGUGCAUAUAAAAGGAAAAGAAGAGAUACAUUACCAAAAAUUCUUCUGGGGUCCGAAGGUUGUUGGACUUAUACACCUUUCAUUCUUCUUAGGUUAUAUAGUAACCCAAAUUCCAGGUGGUUACCUAGCCGCAAGAUUCCCAGCCAACAGAGUGUUUUGCAUCGCUAUCUUCAGUACAUCUAUUCUGAAUAUGUGUAUACCUUUUGCCUGUAAUAUUCACUAUUCGCUGGUUAUUUUGAUACGCAUCUUCCAGGGGUUAGUUGAGGGUGUAGAGUACCCAUCAAUCCACGGCAUGUGGAGUAAAUGGGCACCACCGCUCGAGAGGAGUAUGCUAGCAACAAUUGCAUUUGCAGGGUCGUACGCUGGAGCUGUAGUCGGUAUGCCGUUAGCGGGCGUCCUUGUAGAAUAUGCCGGAUGGCCUAGUCCUUUCUAUUUUUUCGGUGCAAUGGGUAUUAUAUGGUCGAUUUUUUUCAUCAUUAUUAGUCAUGAAAGUCCAUCAGCUCAUCCAACCAUUUCCAUAGAGGAAAAGAAUUACAUUCUAGAUAGCAUAGGUGAAAAAACCACAACUACAAAGUUCAGCUCAACUCCUUGGUCAAGUUUCUUUACAUCAAUGCCCGUAUACGCUAUUAUUGUGGCAAAUUUUGCAAGAAGCUGGACGUUUUAUUUGUUUCUUACCGGUCAGCCAUCUUACCUAGAGGAAGUAUUUCAUUACGAGAUAUCUAAGGUCGGUAUGCUAGCAGCUUUGCCUCACCUUGUCAUGGCUAUUAUUGUUCCUCUCGGCGGACAGUUGGCUGAUUUCCUUCGCCGUCGACAACUAAUGACAACAACCACAGUUAGGAAACUGUUUAACUGUGGUGGAUUUGGCGGUGAGGCUCUGUUUUUACUUAUUACUGCAUAUGCACGAGGCGCUAAGAUGGCUAUUAUUUGCAUGACCAUAGCGGUUGGGUCCAGUGGCUUCGCUAUCUCAGGUUUCAAUGUCAACCACUUGGAUAUAGCUCCGCGCUAUGCUAGUAUUCUGAUGGGAAUCACCAACUCGGCAGGUACACUUGCAGGAAUACUCUGCCCACUUAUAACUACCAAUAUCACAGCCGAUAAGACACCCGAGGAAUGGGAGAAAGUGUUUCUAAUUGCCGCCAUCAUACACUUUGUUGGCGUUUUAUUUUAUGGCGUGUUUGCAUCUGGAGAGAAACAAUCCUGGGCAGACUACCCUAAGGUUGCUGACUUCUCGUCAAUAAAUGGAUCAGAUGUGACCAAAGGCUACGGUGCUUUAACUGAUAUCAGUACCACCACAUUCGGGACGUCUAUACACAACUCAAAUUAUGGUGCAGGAACACCAAACGGUGUUUAUCCUACAACAAAAGAAGAACCUGUCCAGCCUACAACUAAUAAUAUAGAAGAACACCUUGUGGAAUCGUCAGAAUCUGAUUAAGCCCGAUUGAAUACGAGAAACAUCCGAGCCCGAAAUAUAUUUGUAAACACAUUCAUGAAUUUCAUUUUUUCAUUUAUCCUGAUGUAUUCGAUAAGAAGUCGUUUAGAGUUGGUACUACAUUAGUGAGCUUAAAAGGUUCAAAAAUGUUAUUUCAUUAAUAUUUACAGCGUGUGUAUUCAAAUAUUAACUACACAAGAACACAAAUGCAAUUAAAUCCAUAUGUGGUAGUCCAGUGCAAGAAGUGGCUCCAGUAGGGAGGGAGCUGUCUCACAAUUUGUCGGGAAAAUUGAAAUAUAUGUAUUUUUUACAUAUUAGUAGAUUCUAAACGAUUAAAUAAGCCUGUCAAACCGCUAAAUGUUCAAGUUUUUGGGGGCUCCGCUCCCUGGACCACUGUCGCAACAUUCUAAGCGACCCCAGCCACGCCUACAUACGCUCUCGUCAGGGACACCUCACCCCUCCCCCCUUUGGAACAUCGGAACCUAACGUCGGGAAAAUCUUGUUGUCACCCUUGCUCAUUGAAUUGCAUAUACCAUCUAUAUCAAAGGAUUCGUGCGAAUAAAUGAGUUACAUAUUUAUUUAUGCAAAUUUCAAGAUAUUGAGCUGAGAUAAUGUUUAAAACUACCUACAAGCGUUAAAAAGCCUGCAAUCAUUUUAUAGACUUACACAUACUUGCAAUUCAGAAUCGCAAAUGCAAUGACCAAAUUAAUUAAAAUCAUUUACGCAAAACAGGCAGGCAUAAUUUGCAACUGAAGAACACAAUAGACGAAGAAUUUCGAAAUAUAUCCAGCUAAGCAGUAACCUUUAUCCUUGUCUCAUCUUAUGAAAUGAAAUUAUAUGGUGCUCAAGUGUAGUCGGUCUACACAGAUGAAAGUUAACGUUGAGUGUCUUCGUAAUUUUUAUUUCAACUUUAUUUAAAAAAAAAAAAACAAUAACCAUAUUUUAAUUAUGGAGAAUAUUAGAUUUGUAGUAGAUAGAAUUUUUUUUGUAUCUAGUUUUAAAACUGCAUUUUUAAAAAUUUGGAUUUGCACUGAUUAAACAAGAGCUAAAUCUAAAUUGAAGUACUUUAAACUUAAUCUGACUAUUAGUAUAUCAUGCCCUGAUAGGAUUGAUAUUAUUUUUAAGUUAAAUAGAUUACUGUAACCCAAUAUUUUGGGGGUUUUUGUGCUUUUUUGUUUUUUUGUUUUGCUAAUAACAAUAGAUUAAACAAAAUCAAAGAGUGGUUUAAGCGUCACAUGAUAUACAUUGGUAUUUUUCGUGUUAAAAUGUUUUUUUGCUUUGGGUAAGUGUAUACCGGUACUUUCUUUUUAUUAAGAUAUUUUUUACCUCUCUAAAAAUUAACUUAUUAAAUCAGUAAAUAAAAUAACAGCUGCACUUUGCCGUUAUUAUUAAUAUGAUUAUAAAUGUCACAUCAUCGAUACUUUACACGCGGCAGUACGAUAUUAACAUAUAAAACAAAUAGGGCCUAUACUUUGUUAUAAAAGUUUAAGUUUACCUCAAAACCAAUUAAAUUAUUGUCAGGGAUAAUUUUUUUUAUCGAAAACUUCGUCUCCCAUAGGAUGGUAAAUUAGUAGCUAGCAUUACCAGUAAGUAAUGCAGAAAAACGUAUUUGCAUAUAAUUAGCAUAACAUUAGAAAUAUAUUUUGGGAAAAGCUUCAUUGUAACAUGUUCUUCUAUUCCCGUAGGUUGAAUUAGGCUUAUUAUCGCUAUUAUUUAAAGUUACCAGUUGUCCGUCUAUGACAAAAAAUAUGAAAUAUGAACAGCAAAUACUCAUGUGAUGUACAUUAUUAAAGCACAUGUGAUAUGAUAUGUAUCAGUUUUUUAACGUAAAUAUAUAAAACAAAAAUAGAUUUAUGCAUCCGUAAUGGCAUUUUUAAGAAGAGUUCUCCUCUCAAAUUCCCCGUAGCCAUUAAAUUAUUAUUUUAUUAAUUUCAUAAAUAAUUCAGGAGAUAUAAUAUUACAUGGAUUAUAUAAAAUAUAAUCAUUUUGCACCCUUCCUCUGUUUUAGUAAGGUAUAAUUGUAAGGGUCGUGUGCAGUGGCAGAUUUGUAGGCAAAACGUUAUUGCAAAAUUUCUGAUUUCACGUAUUAUAUGGUUAAUAAUCAAUGAACAUGACCAAAAACUUUAAUAACGAAAGGUACCGUAAUUGAUACAAUUUUAUUUUAGUUAUGUAGGUCGGGAAUUAUGCAUUAUGGGCAGAUUUUUAAUUAAGUGUAUCAUUAGAUUGGUACGCACUCUAAAUGCAAUGUACUGAUGCACAUGGAACUUAGGAAAAAGCCAACGUACAAGUUGAACUUCUACGUGUAUGAACAGCAAUUACGUUAUGUAUAGAAAAUAAUACAAUAUUUAAACUAUACAAAAAGAACAAAGAAUAUUUAUUAUAUAAUUAUAGUAUAACAUGUACAAAAGCAUAUAAUUGUUAGACAUGAGUUGAUGAUUUAAUUAGUGUUUGAGGUUUAAAACAAACGAAGUUUUAUAAAUCACAACGUACAGGCAAACGUGACACUACAACACUGCAGACUUGACUCCGCCAAUUAUCAAACAACUGUUUCCUACUUUGUGAUGAGCAGGACAUAAUAACCGACCGAUUCUGCGUGCCAUGAAACGUAGGAGAGUCAAAGCUAAUUUACAUACGACUCUUACGUCGUACGUUGUGAUUUUUAAAACUCCUUAAUAUAAGAAGUUGUGAGACUGUAUUUCUAUCUGUAGAUGUAUGUUAGAUGUAAGAGCAAUAAAGAAAAAGCACUGUAAAUAAU